CUGUAUGUCUAGAAGUUUCAGAGUUAGGAAAAACUGCAGAGUCAUUCAGACUUUUAAGUUUUAAAUGUCAGAGAUGAACAGUGACUGCGGAAAUGUUUAGGUUGUUAGCUUAGCAGCAUCGGAGAGCAACUUCAAUCAUUUACUGGAUCGUACACACUCUUCAUCGGUCUGGAAAAGAUUUACGGCUCCUUGACAAACAUGUCAGAUCAAGAAAUAUUUAAAUACAGUCCAAGAGGCGGUGGUGCAAUGUUUAGGUCCCUAAAACCUGACUUUGAGCCAGGUUUGCACAAUCAUCCUCAUGAAGUCCACUUGGCAGAGGAUGCAGCAGUUCAUGGCAGCACAGUAGGACUGAGAAAUGAUGCACUUGCAGCUGAAGACUCGAACCACAAACAGGAAUCUGUUGUUAGUGAAGGUGACGACGGAUCAAACGAGACAUCUCCCAUCCUCAUCAGAAAAAAUCUGCUUGAUUCUGAUGAUUUGUUCAUGGAAAAUGAGGAUGACGAUUUUGAAGAUGCAGUCGUUUUCUCUCUCCGCGGUUUGUCUCCCACUGCAAGCACACUCUCAGAUGAGGAGUUUCUAAUGGACCAGCUCAAGGACCUCCAGACCACAUAUGAGAGUACUGGGACUGAAGUUUGGCAAAUGGAGUGGCACAAGAGUCACAUGGCAGCUUUAAGCAGCGAGAAGUUUGACGUCCUCCUAAGAAUGUAUCCAGAUUUUUACGGCUGUAAAAGUCACAUGGCAGCAUUCGUCCUGAUAAGUGAGGUCGUGGAUAUAACAGGUCGUCCAUGUCAGCAGUAUAAGGUUGUGGCGAUGGGAGCUGGGCGCUCGUGCUGCAGCGGCUGGCUGUGCUACAGCGGCAUGAUGGUCCACGACUGCCACGCCAUAAUCAUCGCUAGAAGGGCUCUCCUGAGGUUUCUAUAUAAACAGCUUUUGCUGUUCUUUGAAGCCGAUCCAACAGCCAAGCAGAGUUGUAUUUUUGAGAGCAGCACUGACAGUCAUCAGCUGCAGCUCAAACCCAAAAUCAGCCUCCAUCUCUACACCAACCGGUGCCCUGAGGGAGCCGCUAAGAACUUCUACUUCAAGAGCUCGGGGAACAACUGUUGGACCAAUUUAAAGCUACAGUACCACGCCAAGGGCCUGCUGGUACCAGUGGCUUACCUGGACCCGGGCCUGUGGGGUGCCAAAGUGUGCUGCGUCUCCGGAAGUGAUAAAUUAUGUUGCUGGACCAUCAUUGGAGUUCAGGGCGCAUUAUUGAGCCACUUCAUUCAGCCGCUUUACAUCACCACCAUAGUGCUAGGAGGUCAGACGAUCUUUAAUGAGGAAGUAUCUGACAUCACCAACAAGCGACUGGGUGACGGAUGGGAAGGGAUUCUGCCUCUGUCCUACAAGAAACAGGACAUCCUCUUCCUGUCCGGCGACUACGUGGGCCCGGCGGAGACGUCCCAGAUACAUGACAACCUCAGCAUCAACUGGUGUCUUGGAGAUGAAGACAUUGAAGUUCUGGACAGCAGCAAAGGCGGCGUUGUUGAAGGUUCUCCUUCUGUGAAUGGGCCCAGCUUCACCAGCAGACUUUGCAAGAGAGCCCUCUACAGUUAUUUCCAGCGAGUUGCACUGCUGGGUGGGCACAGCUACCUGGUGGAGCUGCCCACCUACCACAGUGUCAAGAUGGAAGCUUCCAUCUACCAGACGGUGAAAGAUCUGAUCAAGCAGCGCUUCCUGAGCAACCAGGCCGGGCCCUGGAAUUCAAAAAAGCUCGUGGAUUGCUUCAGCGCUUAAACACUUCUCUACAAACGGUUAACGUGGAAGUUUAUUGAAGCUCAUCCUGAGAUUGGAGUUAUUGUUCUUUUAGUGAUUUUAUUUGCAUGUUAAUUUGACAAGUAAUUGUUUGGUUUGGUUGUUUGGCACAGGAGCUUUCAGUUUGUGUAGGUGUUUAUGGAAAAUAAACAAGAGCCAACUGUUUGCAGG